GGAAAUAACAUUCACCGAUACUUCUUAUUCACUCCUUACGCCUAUUAUCACGAAGCAAUCACUGAAUAAACUAACAAUGUUGCAACGGUAUCGUGCUAUAGGUCAUAAUAUGUAUUGACUAAUAUUGAAUCCUCAGCCACCGUGGGGUGUAUUCUUAACUUGCCACUGACGCACAUCUGUAAAGGGCGGGAUGCUAUUUAACAUGGAGCCUUGGGUUUUCUCUCUCAAAGGUCUGCAGCACGCUGAACCUGAACGCGCUACAUCUGCUGCACACUACGCCUCCAUAAUAUUCAUAAUUAAUUUAAUUUAAUUAAUUUAAUUUAAAGUCUAAACAUGGUCGAAAGCUUUUAUCUUUAGUUAUACUCGCGAUAUAGUUGAAUGCACUGUGGAACUUUUUUUAUUUUUUUUCUAUUAUAAGAUGGGCGACGAGUGUGUUAGCUUUUCGUGGACUUACAGACAACUUCUACCAAUGUUACUGAUACUGGGAACGUUCAGUUGUAUGGGGCAGUGUUCACAGAGUCCACCAGCUCUCCUCAGUAAAUCUUACCCUCGAGGGAACCACUGGGCAGUGGGUCAUUUAAUGGGGAGGAAGAGCGUUGAGAUGUUGCCUGAACCUCCGGUAUACGAACAGGACGGAGACGAUCCACUGACCUCCUUGGAACGAAAGGAGACACCGCUGGAGCAGCCGCAGCACCCCUCCGCACUAGACCGGGACGUGUUCGGGUCAAGUCCCGCCAACCGGAGACUUCAGGGGCCCCACGGCGCCGACAGACGCCACCUGGAGAGGACGAGAUCGAGGGAAGAGGUUCGGGUCAAACCCCUGAGAGAGAUGCCGAACUUGCUGCUGCUUGGUUUACACCUGAAGAAUGGGGGUUCCACAUGAACCCACUGUACAAUGCAUUAUAGCUGCACGUGUCAUGUUACACAUAUUAAAUCCUUCAGAGAAUCACAACAAAUCACUUAUCCUUUAUCAGCAGCCUUCCAUUUUAUAUUUUGAUUUUUUUUUGUCCAGUUUUUCAAUCGCUACAGCAGUAGGCCUACAUUUCCAAUAAGUUAUGCCUAUAUAUUUUUGAACUACAGGUUAGUGAAUAAAAAUAUAUAUUUUUA